AUGAAAAACUACUACACGGUGAAGCUGGUGCUCAAGGACGGCGAAUAUUUCGUGGAGAGCCAUUCGCCGUCAAUCCUCAACAUCAUCCAGCAGCGUGUCCUGGGCCAGGUGGAGAUGAGCAAUUUCAGCACCACCGACGAAGAAACGGGCGCUCAAGUACUGGUCUACGCGCUGCCGAUCUCGACCGUGCAGGAAGUGGCCGAGAUCAAGAAGCUGCUCCUGGCCCACAACCACCCCUUCAUCGAGGAGUUUGAUUUUCUGACCAACCGGUGGAGCGAAAAGGCGUGCGCCAAUCUGGCGAUCAACCUCAAGGAGGGCACGGGGGUGCGCCCGUACCAGAAGCGUGCCGCAUUCUCUCUCUUCUGGGACAACAAGGCGCACUCGUCGAUUCUAGUGUUGCCGUGCGGUGCGGGCAAGACGUUGGUGGGCAUCACGGUGUCGAGCAUCAUCAAGAAGUGCAUUCUUGUGUUCUGCACGUCGAUGAUGGCCGUCAAUCAGUGGCGCGAGCAGUUCCUCAAGUGGUCGGACAUCGAACCCAGCCGCAUCUCUCGGUUCAUUUCGGACACGCGGAAGAAGGGCGAAUGGGACCACACGUGCGGUCUCCUGAUCACCACCUACAACAUGUUCACCUCCGAGAAGCGAGCUGAGCACUCGACUCGCAUGAUCGAGAAGUGCAAGGAGAGGACGUGGGGCCUCAUGAUCCUGGACGAAGUGCACUUGGCGCCGGCGACGACGUUCAAGCGCGUGACGACCGAGUUCAGAGCGCACGUCAAGCUCGGUCUGACGGCCACCAUGGUUCGAGAGGAUGAGCUGAUCGCCGAGCUUCCCACGCUGGUGGGGCCGCGGCUCGACGAAGUGGAUCUGCUGUCGCUCAAGAUUCACAACCACGUGGCCAAUGUGCACUGCUAUCGUAUCGUGUGUCCGCUGACCUCUGCCUUCGGCGCUGCCUACCGGACCGCGCGAUCGCCUGCCGAAAAGCGACUGCUGCACAUCACCAACCCGAACAAGGCGCGUAUCGUGUUCACGCUGCUGAAGCGACACCUGAGGCGCGGACACAAGUGUCUCGUAUUUUGCGACGAUCUGUUCGGGCUUCAGUGGUUCAGCCAGGUCUUGGGCAGCCCCUACAUCGACGGUGAGACCAAGAACGAGGACCGAGAGAAGUCGCUCAACAUGUUCCGGACGACGAAGAGCAGCGCGUACGUGCUGAUCUCAAAGGUCGGCGAUCACUCGAUCGAUUUGCCGGAAGCCAACGUGGUGAUCCAGGUGGGCGUGGUCGACGGGUCUCGUAUGCAAGAGGCGCAGAGGUUGGGCCGAGUGCAGCGUAAGAAGCCCGGAGCCGACGUGUCGGCCUACUUCUACACCAUCGUGUCCGAGGGCACCGACGAGGUGGGCUACUCCGAUCGGCGACGUGAGUUUAUGGAGGAGCACGGCUAUCUCUACCACGAGUAUGACUACAAGCACUUCAUGCACGCCGAGACGGAGGAGUUCACGCGCGACAGCAAGCAGGACAACUUGUUGGCCGCCAUCCGACAGGAGAUGGAAAAGAAUCCCGAAGGCCGCUCCGAGUACUCUGAGCUGGACGACAAGCCGACAAAGCGCGAGACCAAGAAGAAGGGCACCACGCGCCAACGUCUCAACAAGAUCGUCAACAAGAGGACCGGCGGCAGGGAAGCGCGCGAAUGA